AGAGAAGCAGGCACAUAACUGAUUGAUGAAAGAUUAGAGGAGGGAAGAUUGGCAGAGAGAGUCACAGAGGAAGGUGUGAAGAAGAAGGGAAGCCAAAAAGGAAGAGAGUAGGUGACUGAGGGAGGAAGGUCAGGAGAUCACAACAAGACAAGCAUCAGCCACAGCAGGAAGAGAAGAAGAUGGGAGGAAGAGAGGCGCAGUGCUACUGCUGGCUGCUGGUCACACUCUUCUUGAAAGGUAUUCUUGCAGGUGAUUGGUCAGUUAAUCUCCCCUCCGGUCCUAUCUGUGCUGUGAUUGGUUCCUCUGUGGUUCUUCCUUGUUCCUAUGACUACCCCCAACAUUCUAAUGAAAACAAGAAAGAGAGACGGCUCUCUACUCAGGGUGGAGGAGGAGGAGAAGAAGGACAACAGUACAAAGUUUGGUCUGAGAUGUGGUGUCUCGAAGACAGUCGCUGCAUAGCCUCAAGAUACGUCUACCACAGUGAUGGUAUCUCCCCAGACCCAUCCUUCACGAACAGGGUGGAGUACCUGGGACAACCAGGGACAAAAAACUGCUCUCUAAGGAUCUCUGAUGUGAGACCGUCAGACAGUGGAGCAUACGUGUUUUACCUCAUCACCAGCCACCCUACGCAGAAGAUGCCAGAGCAGAGCGGUAUACAGCUACUGGUGGCAGACUCCUUCAGUGCUGUCGCAGUGUCUGCAAGUCCCUCCAGUGACAUCACAGAGGGCGAGACCUUACGUCUGGCCUGCUGCAGCCUUGCGGCCAGUCCACAGGCCUCCUUCAGAUGGUACAAGAGCACAAGCACCAGCCCGAAACAUGUCGGACAGCUGUGGAGCAUCAGUGAGGUCACAUCUGAUGACUCUGGCAGCUACUCCUGUCAGAUACUUACUGGAGAUAAAGUGCAGAACUCAACAAAGCUUGACAUUGACGUAGAGUAUGCUCCUCGAAACACAGUGGUCUCAGUCUCUCAGAAACGGGUCGGGCUUCCUGCAACUCUGACCUGCAGCAGUGACGCUAACCCGCCUGUCCGCACAUACUCCUGGUACCAGGGUGCAGCAUGUCACCCUACAGCAGACAAAAGCUCUCAUCAAGCAAGGCAAACCUCAGCUAAACCCACAGGACGAGGCCCGACACUCAGCAGUGCCAACAUCACCUCUGAGCAGUAUGGGCAGCACUGCUGUGAAGCACGCAACAGACACGGAUCACAGACUGAGGACGUCACACUCCCCUGUUCCAAAGCGAUUACCCCGUCUAAAUCUUCAGGAGGCAGACUGAUAGUUAUCGGAGUGACCAUCGCUGUUCUGCUAGCUAUUAUAGCCAUAGUGGCCUUCCUCUUGGCAAGGAGACAGAAGUCAUCCAGACAACAGUCGUAUGUCCUCACUGAGACAACUGCUUCAGCACCUUAAGGACUCAUUUAGCACAAAGUACAAAAGAAAGUACAAACACCCUACAACCACCAGAAGAGAUCUGUUUAUUUCAUUAAAGUAACUCAGGAAAGUUAGAAUGUUUCCUCAAAACCCUCAGUAGUCUUGAGUGUUUUUAUCACACCUCAUUUUGCCAAGUACACAACCGAAAGAUCAAGAAAGCUUGACACAAUCCUGAAACCCAUAAUUCCUGGAUUUCCAUGAACUGAGCUCAACCAGGAUGAACACUUAUGACUUUAAUGUAUUAUGGUUCAUAUAAAACCGACAGAACUAAAGCAAAUACUCGGAAUAUCUUUAUUCUGUUGGAUGUCUGAUCAUCUGUUCCAUUUGUUUAAGUGUGAUUUUGCUUUGGGAUCAACUAGAUGCUGCUGUCAGGAUUUAACCAAGCGAUCUUCAUGAAAAAGAAAAUGAUUAUAUCAGAGAUACAAGAAUGAAAAUCCCCUGUUUUUAUCAAAAUCCUCCUACUUUGUGUUCUAGUCAGUUGAUCUGUUGCAGGAACAGAUGUGAUUUUGAAUACAUCCACCACGGUUCAUCACAUAUGACGACCACAGAUGAGUGCACCCAGCUCUAUAUAGGCAAAGUCAAGAAACAGCUGUUGCUGGAAGCCUGUUGGUGAUGAUGAGUAUGAAGAUGAUGACGGAAAACACAGUCAUAAUGAUCCAAUUAGAAGCUGUUUGCUUUUAGGACGAGGCCUCGUCUGUGUGGUUUUGAGUAAACUCUUCAGUGUGAUAAGGCUAUAACAGAUACUGACCAGAGCCUGAGGAUAAAAACCAGGAGGACAGUGACUCUGACAUCCAUUUACAAAACAUACUUGAACAUCAACUCCUCAUUAGUCUAUUUUUAGAAUGUUACUUAUGUCUGAUUUAUCAUAUUAAAGUGAGCCGAGUAUUGUUGUGCGCACAUACUAAAAGUAAAAAAGGAAGUGAUUAAUUCCCCAAAUAUUUAAAGAGACAGGUUCACAUAGCGUAUGUACACAUCAGUUGGAGAGCUGUUUGUCAGGUGCAUUUACUGUAUAUUUUUAACAUUUAUUUGACGAUUUGAUAAGAAAUAGAGGAUCUACAUAUUGUAGUGCCACUGAUUCCAUCAUAAAUACUGAGUUUCCAAUUUCAAAGCUGUUUUAAUCUACAAUGUUUGUGACCUAAUAUUAGUUCUAAAUUGGAUGUAUUAAGUGUAUUGAAGAGUUUACCCGAACAUAAUGUACAUGAGUAUUUUAAACUCAAGGUGGCAGCAGAUCCAGAUUUGACCACAAUGAUUCUGGAUACAGUCUGUUGUACAUUACCAUUAGUGGAGCCACAACACCUUCAUGAUGACAUAUUAUUAAUUUAGUCAUAUUUUCAAGGUUCUGAGUAUUUAAUAAUAAAAACGAAUUGUAGUUGCUUGGUGAUGUUGUGUUCUCACAUGUCGUGAGAAAGACAGGAGUCAUGAGAUGAUGAGAGGUUUCAUGCCGGCUGCUGAACUCGUGACUCCAGCUGUUUUAUGGUUGACCUCAAAGCAGAUACAAACCUCAGACAUUCUCGUACCAAGUCAUGUAUCUGGUGUAAUGAAAUGUCGUCAGGCUCAGGCAGAGGAAGUCUUUAUACAUGUCCUACUGUGUAGCCCUGUUCUUUUGGCCCAUUUAGGCAUUAGACGUUUUCAUAAUCAAUUACGUC